GAUUCGUUUAACCUCAAGAGUCAGAGUAAAGGCAAGGGAGCUUGGAGAUAUACUACUCUCAUCAAGUCCACGAAGACUCGAGCUGUUGAUGGACAUAAAGUCAGGAAUGUCAUGAAAAGACAUGGAGGCAGAUUUGAUAAUGAUAAGAUGCCCCGACACCAAGAUGGAGACAAAGUUGGCAAGGCUGCUCCAAAGAUCGGAGAAACGAAUAUUGGGUUCAGGAUGCUUGCUUCGACGAGGUGGGCAGAAGGAGACAGGAUUAGUGGCAAUGCCUCCAUUGGGAUUGAUGCGCCUUUAACAGCCAUCAUCAAGAACACGAAGCUGGGUCUGGGCGCGACUCAAUAG